AUGACCAACCUCCCUAAAACAAUGAAGGCGUGGACCGUCACUCGAGUCGGAAAGCCCCGAGACGUGCUCCAACUUAAGACCGAUUCUCCCACUCCACCUCCGCCCAAGGCUGGCGAGGUCAUGAUCAGGGUUUCCUACGUGGCCAUAAACCCGGCAGACUACAAGCUGAUGGAAUUUCGGAUACCCUUUAAAAACCCUGCCAUCCCUGCCAUCGACUUCGUGGGAGACAUCGUCCAGGUCGGGCCCGCCACCUCCAACUCCUCCACCAAUGUGCGCGUCGGGAUGACCGUGGCUGGAUCAACGCCUACAACGUAUAUCCUCCGGGGGAUGGGUGUCCUGGCCGAGUACGUGGUCCUACCUGCCCACGCGGUUGUGGAGAAGCCCCAAGCUCUGGACGAGGCCGUCGCCGCUGGGCUUUUCGGGGUAGCAGGACAAACAGGCGCUCGGGUGCUGAGUGCUGCCGGGUUGCAUAAGGGAGAUCGGGUUUUGUUGAAUGGGGCCAGUGGCGGCGUGGGCUGCAUCCUGAUCCAAGUGCUUUGCGGAAUGGGCGUUCGCGUCACCGGUGUCUGCUCUGCAAGAAAUGAGGCCCGAGUCCGGAGUCUGGGCGCUGAAGAGGUUGUUGAUUACACGGCUCACAAAGACCUCUACGGCCACUUAUCCUCGAUAUGCAGUGCUCCUGGGAAAACUGCUUUUGACGCUAUUAUCGACUGCGUGGGCAACUUGGAACUCUACUACAACUCUCCUGGAUAUUUGAAGCCGCAAGGAAAAUGUCUCAGCAUUGAAGGCAGCUUCCUCCGAGAACUGAAAUUCAACUACUGGCCGGCCAUGCUCGGAGGAACAGGAAGGACUUACAAAUCCGUCAUGAACAAUCCAUCCGGCACACUGGCCAAGACAGUGGCUGGCUGGUUUGAGAAAGGAUGGAUCAAAGAGAUCCCAGUCGACUCGGUGUUCAGCAUGGACGACGCUAUACAGGCCUUUGAAAAGCAAGCUACAGGCCGAGCGGUGGGCAAGAUUUUGGUGAAGGUCGGGUGA